AUGAAAGUACUUCUCUGGGACAGAAAGACAGAAGGAGGGUUUCCAGAAACAAAAGUGCUUAAGCAAAAGGUACGAGAUUGUAUAGACCCUUCGCGAGACCUGGGUCAUUCAGACAAGCAUGGCAAAAAGAAGGAAACAAAGACGGAAGAAGAAGGGAAAGAGGACCAGAGAGUAGCGGACAACGGGGUCGAAGUCAAGAGGAAUCCAGACGAGUCUCAAGCCAGGCAGCCUUCGCGGCAUCAUUCGGCGGGCUUUCUCACAGACGUGCUCAGUCUCCAUCAACACGUCAACCUGGCCAAGCGCCACCACACCUUGCUCGGAUUCCACAGCCACCACGUUGCCGCCUAUUCUGCCAAAAUACGAGAGUCGAUGCAUCCUACCAGAGUCCAGCGGUGGUCUGGCUUGACGCGUACUGUGAACGACUGGGACCAUGGUCUGCGCAGGGACCCAGAAUUAUGGUACGAAGAUGGGGACUGCUACAUACACUUGCAUGCAAGAGGAGUCUCACGCCGCGGCCCGUCUUUCUGCAUUCCGUAUAGAAUCCUGCGCCAAAAAAAGUGCGAGGCCAUGAUCAGUCAAUGUGAUGCUCAGCUCGAUUCUGCGCCGAGAUUCGUACCCCAACUCAAGCGAAGGUCCAGCUCGCUCGUGAACAUAAGCCAACAGCCGCGAACCGUCCAGCUCUUCAUACCUGCUCCAGCGGACGUUUCCGUGCAAGCAUCGUUCCAAUGGCACAUCACCACUCGUAACUUCUUUGCUUUCCUACUGGGUAAAUCAUUGGUCGGUGAGCAUAUGGGCCAGGCAUUUGUGGACCUUCAAGAAAGGUUGAGUCUCUUUCGGCCUGACCACCCCAACAACAUUCAGGACUUUUUAUCCUACGCAGAAGACCAGGGCUACCGGGAUUUGGUGGAAUGCACAGACUACGCCCUUGCCAGUCUUUUUUAUGCAGAGCAUUACAAGCUCAAAGAUGUGUGGAUCGAUGCAUUUGCCCACUGUGUCGGCAUGAACGAGAGCUUGCACCUCAGCCCGGAAUAUUCACUUACCUCAAAACUCACAAAAGCCUUGAUUACUCGAGCUCGCCGCGAAGUCGACACUCAUCUUGAACGCGUCUCUAUUGCGAUUAGCAACUUCCUACAAGAGGAUCUCUCUCCCGCCUACCUUGGGCUAACCGAUGGUGCCCGAAGCCAUCUCGACCGAUUCCGCCAGUUUUUACAUACCUUCUACGCUGAAAAGUUUGGGUAUUGGCCACCCCCACGAGGCGCCACAUACCCCAAAUCUCUUUACAAAUCAAUGUACUAUGAUUUCAAGAGCCUCUAUGACUAUCUUGUGGACACAGAUUCUACUCAUGAUAUCUCUUGUCAAAGACCUGCGAGUGGUGGUAUCUGUGUCCUGCAGAAUGUCAUUACAUUUGAUCACCGGCAUAAUUUCAGCUCACUACCACACCCGUUGCCCCUGUUGCCGACAUACGUGUCGCCUUCAAAAAAAUCGGACUCUCACAAGGCCUUGAGACAGCUCACUUUAGCAAGUCAGCAUCAAAAAACCCAUGAGCUACAUACCAUGAGCGGUGCCUUGAUGGCUGCAACAAAUACUUUGGAUCAGCAGGUCACAAACUCGAAGAUUGUCCAGGCAUACAUGUACUUUGAAAAGUCCCAUUCGGUCAGUACGUGUCGGCGCGAGGAGAAGAUCACAGUGAUGGAUGCACGCAAAGUUAGAUGGCUCCUCAUCUACGGUACGCUCCAAUACCUGCUGUCUGCUCUUCAGGCUCCCAGGCAGGUGCGCGAUUCCGAAAGCUCAACGUACCCUUUGUGCUAUGUUGCCAACCCGACCCCAAAGCCCACCAACGCCAAUCGUUCAUCUACCCCUCCGCUCAAUGUUGCUCAAGCUAUCGAUGGAUACAUUUCCGAGCCGCAACCCAGUCCAUUUUCGAUUGAACCCGACUGUCAGAGGGAAGAUUACUUCAGCCCGGAAAACCUGAGCCGGCGAGGAUCCAUGGAAGUUUCACCGCUGCGUCAAUCAUCAGUGCGGUCACUCACACAACUCUCACUAUCCUCACUGGGAUCUCGCCGGAACAGCCUGAAGAGACAGUCCAGCCGCUUCUCCUCCAGCAGCGCCCCCACCGAUGAUGUACUAAAAGAGGCAAUAGCAACCUCUUCGCCCACAAAUGACGUCCAUCCGAUGUGUUCCGGUUACCCUGACCCCCCGUUGUCGAUCCCAGUGGGAAAAAGUGGGCCUCAGACAUCUUGGCUAAGAUCACGCACACCCUCAGUCUCGUGCAGCAUCAAGACUUUGGGAGGGAGUAUCGAUACCGCCCCGAGAUCACCGCUACUUGAGUUCUCACAGCUCGAUCGUUCUACGAAGCCGUCUACACACGCUGGCACAGGAGACCGCCCCAGCCGGUCGGAUAGUACUAGUUCCACGGGGAGCUCAUUAUGGAGUGUAGGGGUAAGCGCAGCGUCGUCUAAGUCGAGUGCAUGCGACGGUAUACAAAAAACUAGCGAUGCAGAGGAGAGCGGCCUUCUAGGCGGCCUUGUUCCUAUUGGGGCAACAACAGAGUCAACCAAGACCAAGCCAUUGCACAUCCCUAUCGUGCCACACAGCCAUGUACAUCCAUUGUUGCGCAAGAGCUCUCGGCGAGUGGCAUUUCAGCUUGACUUUGACAACAAACAAUCAGGAGCUAAGCAGGACGUCCGCCAGCCUACUGAAUUUGAGUCGAUGAAUGACCUCGCUCUAUCGAUACCGCCAUCAUGCAGCUCGCCAAGUUGCGCAGACACACAUUCUCAACCCACUGCCGUCAAGGCGCACGCCCUCCUCUUUGGAAGGAAGCCGUGUCUCCCGCGAUCUACUUCUACCGUAUCAGCCCCAGACAGUACGUGUUCUAAAGGCAGCCCGAGUACCGUUAGUACCGCCACAGAUGGCUACUGGGAACAGUACAAGACCACUCUCACCCAACAGCGAGCGCGAACGUGGUCCAAUACCGGCUCACUCUUAGAUUCUACCACUCUCAAAACACCUUUCUCUCGUCUCUCUAGGCCCAGCAACGAAGAAAAUCGCGGAGUCAAGAGCGAUCGAAGAAUUUCUUACCUAUGGCGCCGCUAACUUUUGACGCUUCGCUCCAUUUUAGAAAACUCGGGUUUCCUGCACAUUUCGAGCGAUAUGCAUCUGCGGCGUUUUCUUAUACCAAAUCGAUUCAGCGAUCAUGUUCUAUACCCUUCUACGCGUUGCUAUUUUCGUCUCCCACAACAUCAGAUUAGCAUAAAAUAUUCUAUACGGACAAUAAACACGACGCGAUUCUUCACC